AUGGGGUCUGAAGACCAGGAGCGCGCGUCUUGGGACAGUGCGAAGGAUGCCUUCCUGGUAGAGAUCAUGAUGCACGGCUUCAAGAAGGAAGCGUGGGCCGAAACACUCGCUGCGUUCAACGCCCGUUUCCAGACGAUGCUGUCGAGGCAGCAGAUCAAAUCCAGACUGACAGCGCUGAAAGGCAUCAAUACGGCGAUCAAGGCAAUGCUGGACGCGUCGGAUUUUGGCUGGGAUAAUGAACGUCAUAUCGUGCUAGUGCAUGACUCCGUUUGGAAUGAUUACGUGAGGGUCUAUCUGCUCCGCAACUAA